CAACAUGGAGGGAUCAAAGAAUAAUUAUAAGAGAAAAAAGGGUUUUCUCUUUUGCAAAAUAUGAAAUAUCACAGCGCACAAUAGGUAUUUCCUUUCCUCCUGUCCCUCUCCCUCUCUCUCCCUCUCCUCCCGUUCCGUCUGUUACCUGAUUAAGAAGAACAGAGGUGAAACAAAGGAGCUUUCCUUAGAAGCCCUUUACCAGAUGGCUAGAUGGGAUGAGAUUCUGUCCCUUCCUGUACAAAAUCCACCGACCUUGGAGUUCUCUGCUCAUGAUCUUGUAUGGUCAAAGGUGGAAGGUUGGCGUGACAAUAUAGAUAGAGUCGCUCUAAUCCCCUUUGCUAGAGUGGAUGACUUUGUAAGGGGUGAAUCCUCAAACAAAGACUGUCCUACUAGGUUUCAUGUUGAAGCAAGAAGGCGGAGACCACCGAAGGCACCUUACAAGCCAAAGGUUGAUGGUAUUCUUGAAUAUAUUCUGUAUUGGUGUUCAUUUGGUCCUGAUGACCAUAGGAAAGGUGGCAUUGUUCGACCCAGCAGGAAUACAUACAUUCCUAAGAAGACAAACGCUGGUCGACCCAACACAAAGAGGGGAUGCACCUGUCACUUUAUAGUAAAACGCUUAAUUGCUGAACCGUCAGUAGCACUCAUAAUUUAUAACCAAGAUAAGCAUGUAGAUAAGAAAGGGUUGCCAUGCCAUGGCCCACAGGACAAAAAGGCUGCUGGCACACGUGCUAUGUUUGCACCAUACAUCUCAGAGGAUCUGCGCUUACGUGUGUUAUCUUUACUGUAUGUUGGGGUCUCUGUGGAGACCAUAAUGCAGCGGCACAAUGAAUCAGUAGAGAAACAGGGUGGUCCAUACAACCGUGAUGACCUUUUAACUCAUAGGUAUGUUCGAAGGCAGGAAAGGAGCAUUAGACGUUCUACGUAUGAGUUGGAUGCAGAUGAUGCAGUCAGUGUAAGCAUGUGGGUUGAAAGCCAUCAGAAUCAUGUAUUCUUUUAUGAAGAUUUCACUGAUUCAGACCCUUUAACCUUGGGCAUUCAAACUGAGUGGCAGUUGCAACAAAUGAUUCGAUUUGGAAAUCGCAGCCUCAUUGCCUCUGAUUCAAGGUUUGGAACAAAUAAACUGAAGUAUCCUGUUCACAGUCUCAUUGUCUUCAAUUCAGACAAGAAAGCAAUCCCGGUAGCUUGGAUAAUAACUCCUAGAUUUGCUAGUGUGGAUGCUCAUAGAUGGAUGAGGGCUCUAUACAACAGGGUUCGCACAAAAGAUCCUACUUGGAAAUUGGCAGGGUUUAUUGUGGAUGAUCCUUCAAUUGAUGUUCUUACAAUCAGGGAUGUUUUUGAGUGCUCUGUAUUGAUAUCCUUUUGGCGGGUACGCCAUGCAUGGCAUAAAAACUUAGUGAAGAGAUGUUCAGAGACAGAGAUGCGUGCUGAGAUAUCAAGACAACUUGGACUGGCAGUUGAUGACAUUUGCAGAGGAUGUGGAAAUGUUGAUUUGUUUGAGAAAUUCAUGGAAGAUUUUGUUGAUUGCUUGGAUUUUAUGGAUUACUUCAAAGCAAUCUGGUAUCCCAGAAUAGGGGCUUGGAUCUCUGCACUUGUAAACCUUCCACUUGCAAGCCUGGAGACUUGUUCUGCAAUGGAAUUUUACCACAAUCAACUGAAGCUCCGUUUAUUGAAUGAGAAGGAUCCUGCUGUGUACCAACGCUCUGAUUGGCUGGUUGAUAAGUUGGGUACAAAAGUGCAUUCCUACUUUUGGCUGGAUGAAUAUUCAGGGAAAGAUGAUUUUGCACGAUACUGGAGGGAUGAGUGGGUGAGUGGUUUAACAUCUUGGCGGAAGGCAUUGAAGAUUCCUGAUUCUGAUGUUGCCAUUGAAGGAAGAUGUGCAAAAGUGACUGACCAGCUUGAUCAGGAUAGAGUUUAUGUUGUUUGGAAUCCUGGCUCACCGUAUGGGAUCUGUGAUUGUAGUUGGGCAGAAAUGGGCUACCUUUGUGAGCACGUGUUCAAGGUUAUAAAUGUCUGUCGUGAAAUAGGGGCUAGUUUGCCAUCCGUCAGCUUAUCUCAGUACAACAAGGCUUUGAUUGAGAUGCUACAUUGCCCGCCUCAUGAUUCUUUGAUCCGUGAUCAUGCUGUUUCUUUAGCAAUCCACGUACAGAAACAGUUAAAUUCACUAGUCGGUCCUAUUCAGAAACAAACCAAGGAUGUUAUUCAGGAAGGAAGUGCAUCAGUGGUUUCUGCUAAACAAAAUAGAGGAUUAGUUUAUAAGGACCAUUGUGCAAAUGAGAACAAAUCAUCUAAUCAUGAAAAUGGCUACAUGGAUUGCUCUGAGGCUCCUGCUGGUAUUGCAAGUGAUUUGGGCGGUGAAUCGGUUGAUCGGGUAGAAGGUAUAAAUGGCAUUUGUGGUGAGAAUGCUGGAGAAGGAAUAUCUGGUUCUGAGAUGGAUGUUGAUCCGCCCUCCAGUAUUUCUCCAUCUGAAUUACCAUCUCUCAAUGAGGAGGUUGUCGCUGGUAAUGUCCUUUCUGAAAAUGGAGACAGUGCUUUAAUUAACAAAGUCCCUAAUAUGAAUAGAAAAUUACCUCCCAAAGAUAAUGCUUUAAGAGAUCAAAAUGGAUGUGAAGAAAUCUUUAACAAAAAUUGCCAUGUUAGUAUGAUGGCUGCAGAGUCACAACCAGAUGAGAUUCCUCAAAGAAAACAGCUUUCAAAGCCCUGCACGGCAACUCAUCAGGGUGAUUUUGGUGGAAAGAGUAGUGAACCUUCAAUGGCAUCCAUGUCUAUACCUGAGAAAACCUCCUCAUCCAUGUCCUGUACUGUCGAGCCACAAGUGCUUGAUAUGGCUGAAGCCUCAGGUGCUCUGAAUCUUGAUAUAUCAAUGGCAUCAGAAAAUGAGAAUGAGAUUGUAAGUAAGAAUCAUUCUACUGAUAAUGCCCUCCCAUCAGGUGGAUAUCAUGUUAAUUUGGGAAUUGUUGUUGAUCUUGGUGAUGAAGCAAAGGUACUAGACAACAGUAUGGCUGAACACUUGGAAACAUUCCCAAGUCAUUCAACAACACUGCAUCAUGAUGAUGGUCAACCACCUACUGAAGUCGCAGCUCAAGAAACUGAUGAUUCUGGUGAGAAGGAACUUUCUAGCAACAAACCAUCUACAACUAAACCUGAACUGCAAAAGAGUAUUGAAGCUGGAAAAUGUGGUAAUAAGGAGAUUGUGAACAGGUGACCAAUGAUCAGAAUGGUGCUGUUGCUGUGGGCAUUGUUUCAGAAGAGGCUGCUAAUGACUCUGUAUUCAGUGCUGGCUCUUACAAACAAUAGGCAUAUGCUAGCUAUUUUCAUCGUUCCACAAUUCCUUACUUCUUUCUUUGUAAAGGCUCCUCAGUAAAUUUAAUUGUAAUUCGGUGAUUCAGCCAGUUGCUCUAAAUGUUAAUGCUAGCAAUCAACCAACAGAUUUACCUCGCA